AUGUCUUUUCUACCAGAACAAUCUAACGUUUCUAUGUUGAGCAAAAACGAGCAGAAGGCCAAGGAAUUGAUCAGUAAACUUGGUUUGAAGCCUCUGCCAGGUAUUUCCAGAGUCACCUUCAGAAAGAAAGACAACCAGAUCAUUGCAAUUGACCACCCUGAAGUUUACAGAACUGCUGGUGGUAACUAUGUUGUCUUCGGUGAACCAAAAGUCGACAACUUCACUCAAAAGCUAGCUGCUGCUCAACAACAGGCUCAAACCACUGAUGUUGCGCCAGCUGCUGGUGAUGUAAGCAACUCUCCAGAUGCCAUUCAAGCUGACAUGCAAGCUGCUGCCGAAUCUAGCGCUCCAGCCUCCAAGAUCGAAGACACUGAGGAUUUGGAUGCUGGUGACCUUGCAGCUGAUGAUAUCGAUUUGGUUGUCGAACAAGCUAACGUCUCCAAGGGUCAAGCCAUUAAGGCUUUGAAGGAACACAAUGGUGACAUUGUCAAUGCUAUCAUGUCCUUGUCCAAAUAA